AUGUGCCUAAGCAUAUCGGCAAACUCCGCGUCCGGAAUGGCAGUUAAUGAUGAGUGCAAGCUCAAAUUCUUGGAGCUGAAAGCCAAGAGGAAUUUCCGUUUCAUCAUCUUCAAGAUUGAUGAGGCACUACAGCAAGUCACGGUGGAGAAGCUAGGCAAACCAGGCGAGAGCUAUGAUGAUUUCACAACAUCCUUUCCCCCCAAUGAGUGCCGCUAUGCUGUUUUUGAUUUCGACUUUGUUACCGAUGAAAAUUGCCAAAAGAGCAAGAUCUUCUUCAUUUCUUGGGCUCCGGAUGCAUCGAGAGUGAGGAGUAAGAUGUUAUAUGCUAGCUCCAAAGAUAGAUUCAAGAGAGAACUCGACGGCAUUCAAGUUGAGUUGCAGGCCACUGAUCCAAGCGAGAUGAGCCUUGACAUUGUUAAAGAGAGAGCUUUAUGA